ACAGCUGCCAUUGAUACUGUCACCUUCACAGAGUUGCACCUGGAGCAGAUCCUAGGGCAGGUGUGCACAGCAGCCAUGAGGAAAGACGCAUCCCUGGAAGAUUCUGAGUGGGUCUACACUGAUCGGUGGCACAGUGACCGACGUCGGGAGAUAUUGGCAAAGUAUCCAGAGAUAAAAUCCUUGAUGAAACCUGACCCUAACCUGAUCUGGAUCAUAACCAUGAUGCUUCUUGUCCAGUUGGCUUCAUUUUACUUAGUCAAAGACUUACAGUGGAAAUGGGUCAUAUUUUGUGCCUACGUGUUUGGUGGCUCUAUCAACUACUCACUAGUUAUAGGUUCUCAUGAGAUUUCCCACAAUUUCCCCUUUGGCCACCACAGGGCUCUGUGGAACCGCUGGUUUGGAAUAUUUGCUAACCUCCCUAUUGGGGUUCCAUUUUCUAUUUCCCUUAAGAGAUACCACAUGGAUCAUCAUCGAUACCUUGGAGCUGAUGGUAUCGAUAUGGGUAUUCCUCAUGAUCUUGAGGGCUGGUUUUUCUGCACCACUUUCAGGAAGCUUGUCUGGAUUGCUUUCCAACCUCUCUUUAUUAUUUUUCGACCUCUACUUAUCAACCCCAAACCAAUUUCUUAUCUGGAAAUCAUCAAUGCUGUUGUUCAGAUCACUUUUGACAUUAUGGUUUACUAUGUGUUGGGAAUUAAAUCUUUAGUCUAUAUGCUGGCAGCCUUUGUGCUUGGUCUGGGUUUGCACCCAAUUUCUGGCAGUCUUAUAGGGGACCAUUUCAUGUCCUUAAAGGAACAAAAAACAUACUCCUAUUAUGGGCCUCUGAACUUACUCACCUUCAAUGUGGGCUAUCAUAAUGAACACCACGACUUCCCGAACAUUCCUGGAAAAGAUCUGCCCUUGGUGAAGAAAAUGGCAGGUGAAUACUAUGACAAACUCCCCCAUCACAUCUCUUGGGUCAAAGUAUUGUAUGACUUUGUGACGGAUAACACAAUUAGUCCCUAUUCACGGAUGAAGAGGCUUCCAAAGAAGGAAAUAGCUUUUAGAGCAAACACUGUCAGAGCCAAAGAAAAAUCUGCAAAGAUGUUUAAUUGCUGAUAAUGUGGAUUUUUUCCUUGUUAAAAUUAAGAGCUGUCAGAAGCCAUUUAAGAAAGGUUAUGGCAAUUGAGUUUUCUGGUGAUGACCCACUGUUUUUCAUGGCUGUAAUGGGUGCACUCUGAGAUGCAGGGUCCUCAGAAACUUCAUCCCAGGGUUGCUUCUUGCUACCAAUAUGCUCUUCCUGCUACUCUUACCUAGCUGGGCAUCUGCCAACCGUAUUGGGCAGCUCUCCUGCAGAAUCAAUAUGAAGAUGGUACUUUCAUGUAGUUACGUUGUGUAGAUGAGCUGGUGACUUCAUAUUCCUGUUUAUAGAACUCCUAAGGUGAUACAAGUAGUCUCAACCCCCAUAGAACAAAGCUGCAAAUAGAGCUCUGUAAACCUUCAUGUGUCACAGGCUAAUUGCAUUAGAGAAAGAAAAACAGGCUUGGAAUAAAUUCCUUCUAGGUUAAGAAUGAGGCCACUAUCUCGUAACCAAAGGUCAUAAACUGGGAAUGGGAAAUGUAUUGUAGGUGCAAGGACAAAGCACAAAUAAUGGACUGGUAUACACAAGACUUCAAAAUAAUAAAACACAAGGCAGAUGAUUUGUGUCUUGACAAACACUGUGCUAACUUAUGACAUAAGAAUUAUUGCUACAAACUUUUAAUGAAUGUAUGGAUCUAGUAACUGAUAAUGAAGAUUUAGUCAGGUGCUAGCCCAAUGGAAAGACAUAUAAAGAAUUCUGUUGUAAUUCCUUAAGCCUUAUUGAUCUGUGAACUUAUGGAAUGUAAAAAAUGCUUAGAAAACCAUGUGAUCAAUUAUCCUGAGAAAGUAUAAAAACUAAGAACAACAAUAAAAUGGCAGUGCAGCCUACUUCAGCUUCA